AUCAGUUCCGCCGACGUUCCCGUGCAUGCCGCGUCGCUCGCACGCGUGCACGCAAAUCCCAAUCCCGUGAGACACGUGUCAUCGUCCCUCAGGAGUCAGUGCGUGAAAAAAAUCGGAGCGGUGCGCGAGCAGAGAACGCGAGAAAAAUUGUACGAAUCGGACGACAGAGUUGCAUUUUAUCAUUUUAUCUUGAUAAUGAUUUAUCAAGUGCGAUAAUUACAAUUCGAUAUCGGCGCUCGAUCAACAACGCGUUUCCGCACUUCCCCCGUACGCCUGUGUAAUUCGCUUCGCGUUUUGUAGACUAAAUAUAGUGACAAUAACGACAAUAACAAUCCCAAGCGUGUACAACAUUGGCAUGAUAGGCUACGAUUCGCGAUAAAUUCGCAGACUAAGACGCUUCAUAAACACUUUGCUUUUCUUAUCAGCCUCAGUUAGCCUUAGCGCGAUACAGUGUCAUCGUGUUUCAGUUCACUUUGUUUCUCUCGUAUCUCACUUCGGUGAAUUAAUUCAUUGCCAUUGUUUCUCGGCUAAUUUUUUUUUCCGCGCGGUUUCGCACUUUCUCCGCACUUUUGCCGGGCCGGACGCGCAAUCAGAGUCUCGGCCUGAAACUCGCCACCGCUGCUCGCGAGGUUCAACGUUCCUGAAAUAGUGGGUGUGUCGGGCCUCUCUCGCGAUCCCGCGAUGGAGACGACGCGGAGCGCGCACGCACCCGAAGAGGAGAGCCUGUACCAGGUGUACAAUCGUGAGAAAGCGACCAGUAAUCUCGUUACUCUCGAUGCGUUGCUGGCGGACCUGCAGAAUACCGUCUCGUCGGAGGGGACUCACAUUGGCGGAGGUAACGCGACACCCGGUUACGGAUCGCUGAACGGUGCCCGCACCCAUAUGACCACCGUGUACAGAUCGUAUGAUCAAACAUCGCCACUGCCAUCACAAUCGCCGACUUAUCAAAACCGCGAGGCGAUAGAAGAAACCAUGGGUAAAACCGGAGGCGCGUCUUACGCGCAAACCAGUGCCGGGAGCAAGAUGCCUUCCCUCAAUAAUAAUCUCUCUGAGUUGGACACCCUCCUGCAAGACUUGAGCAACGCACGUUAUAAUGCUCACUAUCAAGAAAGAGACAGCCGCGUAUCCACGAGUGGAGUGAACGGGGGUGCGACCAGCCCCAUGCUCCGUUCUUCAAGUAGCAUGUCAGCCUCUCGACCCACCGUCGACUCGUUGCUCGAAGAACUAAGCACCGCAGUGCCUAACGGAGACUACCCCGCCGAUGGAAAGGUGAGAGUCACUAUACAGGAGACAUCCACGGAGAUACAGCCGGUCUACGAUGGCUAUCCCUCCAGUCAGCACGGUUCACUGAAUCGAACCGAAGUUCACAGGAGUUACCCUAACGGUCAUACCGCGAGUAAUGCUACCAAGGAGCUGGAUGAUCUAAUGGCUUCGCUUUCCGAAUUCAAGAUUAAUAGCGGCACCCAUCAGCACCAGACGGUGACCGACUCCCCGUACGCGAAACCUAACAAGGCUACCAAGAGCUCACAGAGCCCUUUGCCCGCUGAGGGCACACAGACUCGGGUACAUAUCACCGAGACCCAUACAACUCAUCUCUACCAGCCGGGUGAGAGCCAGCCCCUCAAGCAGAACCAAUUGGAUUCUAUGCUCGGCAAUCUCCAGGCCGACAUGAGCCGUCAGGGUGUCAAUACAACUCAAAAGGGAUGCUGCAGCGCCUGCGAGAAGCCCAUCGUGGGCCAGGUGAUAACAGCUCUGGGCAAGACGUGGCAUCCGGAACACUUCACGUGCACUCAUUGUAACCAGGAAUUGGGCACGCGGAACUUUUUCGAGAGGGAAGGACAUCCUUACUGCGAGACGGACUAUCAUAACUUGUUCUCGCCCCGUUGCGCUUAUUGCAACGGGCCUAUUCUCGACAAAUGCGUGACUGCCCUGGAGAAAACUUGGCACACCGAGCACUUUUUCUGCGCCCAGUGCGGUAAGCAAUUCGGCGAGGAGGGCUUCCACGAGCGAGAUGGCAAGCCAUAUUGCCGUGAGGACUACUUUGACAUGUUUGCGCCCAAAUGCGGUGGCUGCAACCGCGCUAUCAUGGAAAACUAUAUAUCCGCGCUCAACAGCCAAUGGCAUCCGGAUUGUUUCGUCUGCAGAGAUUGCAGACAGAAGUUUCAGGGCGGUUCCUUCUUCGAUCAUGAAGGAUUACCGUAUUGCGAGACACAUUAUCAUGCUAAAAGGGGAUCCUUGUGCGCGGGCUGUCACAAACCUAUUACCGGUCGCUGCAUAACGGCAAUGUUCCGCAAAUUCCAUCCCGAGCACUUUGUGUGCGCGUUUUGUUUAAAACAAUUGAACAAGGGCACGUUUAAGGAACAAAACGAUAAGCCUUACUGCCAUGGCUGCUUUGACAAGCUCUUCGGAUAAAUAAUUCGUCUUCUACGGAAUUAUUUUCUUUUUUGUAAUAUAACGAAACGAGACAUUGUUUCUCUCUCGACAUUGUUUUAUCAUUUCUAAUAAGAUAAGUAUACGAUAAUACUUGCUUUGAUUGUCUAUAUAAAAGCGCGAGACGAGGACUUACUUUGUCUAAAUUAGCCUUUUAGAAUUUCCAUUUUUUUAAAUAAUAUUCAUCUUUAGAUAUAUACAAAAUCAUGAGUAGGGUUGUAAUUGUUAUAAAAGAUGAAAGACUAAAGAAUAUACUAUUCUGUCAUGACCGUUAUUUUUUUAAAUUAACGAGAUCGUAUAUUUCAUUAUAUUUUAAUUUCUUCUUUUGAGAGAAAAUGAAAUUAAACAAGGUAUUUUAUCUCCAUGCAUGUAUAAGUUCAAAUCUCCAAAAAUUUGAUUAAUAUAGAAUAAAUUUUAAUAAAAAUCUUAAUUCAAGAGUAUGAAUUGUUAAAGUAUAUAAUAAAAUUAAAAAAUCGCGCGAGUGUGAGAGAAAAAGAAAAUUUAAAUUUAUUAAAAAUAAUUAGAUACGAAAGAAACUUUGUAUAAUCUUUGUCUUCUAGAACAUUUUAUAGAACUUUACAUGGAAAGUCGCGUUUCUCAAACUGCUCAGUUCGAGUUUGUCAUUUAAGGAUUAACGAAAAGGGUGCUAUAAUAGUUUUUAUCAUUAUUAAUAAUUUGUAUCAGUAAGAUCUAAUACACGAAUUACAGUUAUAUUAUUUUAUUUUUAAUGAUACUUUGACAAAUUUACACAAAUAUACACAUAUAUUUUUAAAAAAGUGCAAUUCAAAAUAAAAUAAUAUACUUGUACUAGUAUAUACAUAUACACGAUGUAUUCAUUCGAGCAAAUAUUUGUACGAUCGAAUUUUUGCCACCAAAUAUCUCCUUAACGAAAACUCUUUCUGUACGUUAGGAACUUUCCCAUAUUUAUAAAAUAUUUAAAUAGCAUUAAUAGUUUUUAUCAUUAUCACGCAAAUUGUGCUACAUGUUUCAUACAUCCCCGCAUAUGCAAUCGCAUAUCAUUACAUAAAAAAAAUUAAUUGAAAUAAUUACACAGAAAGAUAUACAGAAUGAAUUCACAUUACCGUGUACAAAUGAUAUUUUAAUGCAGAGUCAGGAUAUGAAAAAUUGCCAUUAGAUCAAGAUUUAUUUGGCAUUUUGUAGUACAGUGAAAAGAUUAAAAUAAUAUACAAUAAUAUACAAUAUAUAGACAUGUGUAAUAAAUUUUAACAAUAAAUUUCUCUCAAAUAGACAUCUGUGUAUAUGUGUACGUAAAAAAAACUUACCAGUCGUGGCUAUGGAAAACUAUUCAUGUAUCUUAUUACAUCAAAUAAAUUAAAGAAAAUUUUUAUUUUCUUAGAUAUAUAUACAAAAAUAUAUUCUUAUAGCUAACAACAUCACCGGCUUUAAUAAUAAUGUUAUUAAUUUUGCAUUAUGAAAAAUUUGAUACACUAUUAAUAUCAAUCGAUAUUUGAGACAAUAAUGUGUGUUGUGCUAUUACUUGUGUUGCGUAAAAUUAUUAUCCGAAAUUUAUGACAAAAGAGAAAGGGAGGAAAACGAACAUAUUUUUUCAUAAAGAUCGGAACUUUCCCUUAAAAGGAUGUGUUAGAAGUCUCUCCAAUUAAUUAUACUUCGAUCCUCUUUAUAGAAUAAUUACCUAAA